AUGGAAAUUGGUUGGGCAAUGCAAAAUGAUUCCACUGGGAAAGGAUUCUUUACCAUCAAACUAGAUAAUGAACAAGAUCAAGGUUAUGUUAAAGAUGGUAAAUGGGAAGUUCGUCAUCAAGAAUUACGGAUUCGAAAUUGGAUUCCAAAUUUCCGUCCAGAAAAUCAUCGUACUUCUUGUGAAAACAUUUGGAUUCAUCUUCCUGGGUUGAGCUUAGAGUAUUGGGAUGAACAAACUUUAUUCACCAUCUGCAAAGCUUUGGAUACUCCUGUUAAAGUGGAUGAAGAUACAUUAAAUUUUGAGAGUGUAUUAUAUGCAAGAGGUUUAGUCAACAUUGAUUUAGCAAGGAAGGUGCCACAUAAACUUUGGGUCAAAACAAAAUUUGGAGGUCAUUUCCAAUCUGAAUGCAGAGUUAAGCAAGUAUCUCAUGAAACAAGCAAUCAAAAAAAUAACAUGAGCUCUCCACUUUUUGGUUCCUCACCAAUAAAGAGUCGAGACAAAUUUGAAUCUCAGAAAGCACAAGAAGUGGGAAAGAGCUCUAAUAUUCCACCUACUCCAGCAAUAGGUGAAAAGUUUGAUAUCUGUCCACCACCAUCUCAAAUUCAACAACCAUCAACUAUUUUCAUCAAACAAACAAUAUUGAGAUUACUUCUGUUCCUGAGGGUCCUUAGAAGAUCUAGGGCUCAAAAUAAAUUGUGGUCUUUAAUUAAUCAAUUUCAUCCUUCAUUAGUUUUUGUAGCUGAACUUAAAGUUGUUUGUAGUGCUUCCUUCUGCAAUAAAUUAAAUCUUCCUGGAAUUCAAAAUAAAGUUAUUCAUAAUUCAGUUGGUAAUCAAAAAGGAAAUAUAUGGCUAUUUUGGAAUAAAACUUUACCAGAACCAACUGUAAUUUCAAUGUCAAGUCAGAUGAUUACUGUUAGUAUUGGAGGUGUUCUUGUUUCUGGAAUUCAUGCUCGUGUGGGAGUGGUGCAAAGAAGAUUUUUAUGUAGUGAGAUGGAGCUCAUAAGUGAUUUAAAGCAACCAUGGCUUGCUAUUGGGGAUUUCAAUUCUAUAGUUUCUUCUGAAGAAAAGAUUGGUGGAAGAGCAGCUAAUAGAAGGGUGAUGCAAUAA